AUGUUUCAUAUCAUUGAAGAGUCUUCAAAUGGGACCGAAAUUGGAGGAGUCUCUGAAUAUCUACACAACGCCGUUGGAAUGGGCUUUCAGGCGACCUAUCAACUCCUCGAUUCCCACGAAAUGCUAACUCGACUGCUGAAAAUUGAACCUCAAACAGGCCGUCUUUUUGUUGAUGGUCGGGUAGACAGAGAGGCCCUCUGUCCCCAGUCCUCCGGAAUCUCCCUGACGUACCUAGAUCUGGAAGGCUCUUGUAUAAAGCAAAUCAACAUACUAGCUACAGCACAGGUUGAAAAUAACCGGGAAGUAUCUGUUCAAACAAUUCCAAUUAAGCUCGUGAUUCAGGAUGUCAACGAUAAUACGCCAUCUUGGAAUUCGGCGGGAAAACAACUCGACGCUUUGCCCAUUCUGGAAACAAACAUUCUCGAACAAGGUUCAGGGAAUAAGGUCCUUGUUCCAGCCGCCUACGAUCCCGAUUCCGGUCGAAACGGAGAGAUUUCUUACCGUUUAGAAAACUAUAGAAGUCCCUUGAGUGAAGACUCAAGUGAGCGUGACCAGGGCCCAGCCCCUUUUACAAUAAGUGGUCUAGUUAAUGGAAUGCUACAAUUGACUCCUUUUCAGCCAAUUGACUACGAAAAACAAAACGUCUACGACCUCCUCUUGAUUGCUUCAGAUGCGGGUGAACCGCCAAAUGUGGGAAGAGCACAUUUACGGGUUAAUGUAAUUGAUGUUAACGACGAGGCGCCAGUUUUCACUCAGCAGAUUUUUACUUUACCUAGCGGCCAAGGCAUUUCAGAACGAACGCAUCCGGGAAAGGUCAUUCUCAAUGUCACUGCGGUUGACGGAGAUGCCUCAGAACGUAACUCGCGCCUUACAUAUUCGAUGGUUCCAAGCUCAAAUCGGCUGAUCGGGGAGAUCUUUUCAGUACAUCCAGAUGGUCGAAUAAUUUUGCGACAUUGGCUAGACUAUGAAACUUUGGACUCGGGACACAUGGCCAGUUCUACUUCCGCGCUUCGUGAGGCUCCGCCUACAGAAGGAAAACAGUUUGCAUUUUUUGUAAAAGCCACGGAUUCGGCUCCACCGCCUUAUGAAAAAACUGGUACCGCCCUGGUUGUUAUUCCAAUCAUUGAUGAAAACGACGAGAGGCCGAUCAUCACUUCGCGCUUUUUGGGGUCACCUGAGCUUGUUAAGCACGGCGAAGCAGGUGUAAUUACAGAGAAUUCAUCAGUACCAGUUCGACUUGCCUACAUUCAAGCUCGCGAUCCUGAUUUUGAAGGUCAAGAUCGUGUUGAGUGCACUGUUCCAGAUAACGAGAACCUCUCCCUUAAGCGCAUUACACCACUUACCCACCGCUCGUCCACUGGCAAUGUGAAUGUGGCACCAAACAUUAACGACUUCCUUCUCAGUCUCGAGGAGCCUAUUGACAGGGAAACCACCAAAGUGCUCCAGGUACGGAUCCACUGUGUAGACGAAGCCAACAACACAGCAGAUUUGCUGAUCAAUAUUCGUGUACUAGAUGUCAAUGACGAGGCUCCCAGCUUCCUUCGGCCUGUCUUCUACUUUUCUGUCAAUGAAAAUACUAAAGUUCCUUCAACUGGAAGUGACGCAAAUGGGACGUUGCAGGGUUAUAGAAUCGGGCGUGUGAUUGCCUACGACAAAGAUGAAGGUGACAAUGCAAAAAUUAUAUAUAGUCUUCUGCCCUCUAUUGAAAUUGAGGAGCCAAAGUUGCGACCAAGCCUCUUUCCUUUAAGUGAUUAUGGCCAAGGGAUUGUUCCAGCCCAGGCCUCCGAUCUAUUUCGUAUCGAUUCAAUCACUGGAGAGUUGUUUGCGUUAAGGUCUUUUGACGCAGAAAAGGAAAAACUAAUAAAACUGAAGGUAAUUGCAGUAGAUCAGCCAUCUGAUCCUACCGCAACAUCACACACGGGCACCGCCAGUGUCUACGUGCAGAUAUUUGACAUGAACGACUGGUCACCAGUAUUCCAUCAAGUUUUGGAUAACGUUAAGACCAACCAGCAACUAUAUGCACCCAGCAUUCUCGAUGAGCCAACAACAGUCGAUUCCUAUCAGUUUUCAAUAAAAGAGAAUCUUCCAGCUCACACACUCGUUGGUCGCAUCAGCGCCAUCGAUCCUGAUGUGAGUUUUUGGGGUGUUAUUGGCUCCAUCAACAAUAGUAAUGGAGCAGACGGUUCGCGGGCGCUGCGAGAUGUAAAUAUUCAAUUUGCACAGGGCACCGCUCCCUACGUGGAAAAUGCUUUUACCAUUCACUCAGCAUCCGGACAGCUGAGAACUACGGGACCUCUGGAUAGGGAAGCUCAUGCAAAUUACACCUUUAGUGUGAUUGCUGUCGACAGGGGUCCAGCCGAUGGGGUUUCCAGAACAUCAACUGCCGGUGUUACCGUUCUAGUUGAGGACGAGAACGACAACGACCCAGUGUUCAUCAGACCACCAGCCGAGAUGACGGACACUAAGGGGCCGGAUGAAUCCUACUUCGAGAAAGAGGCGUUCUCAUCGCUCCCUCAGCCUGUCGACUCUCCCUCCGCCUCCGCCACUGACACUGAUCGCAUUCCCGUUGUGGCUGUCAGUCUGCCUGUCAGCAGUGGCUCUAUCGAUGUCAAUUCCAAUUCAAUUGCUCGUCCCCUAAUUCGCAUCGAAGCACAAGAUCCCGAUGCCGGUGUCAAUGGUCAAAUACGCUAUGCUAUCACCUCAGGCAACACUGAUGAAAUUUUUUACCUCGAUCCAACCACCGGCUCCCUCGUACUUAAAACUGUCCAUCCAGCCACAAAGGAAGCCUCUAGUUACCUUCUUCAAUUUGAAGCUUGUGAUCAAGGAUCUCCUUCUCGUUGUGCAAGUCCUGCCCGCUUACGCCUAGUCCUGGGCAGACCUGCUGCAAGCAAAUCGGGGACAUCUGGAGGAAUUGUUUACCCUGCAACCCAGGACACCAAUCUCUACUCACCAUCGAACCGCUUCCCCGGUAAUUCUUUGCCGUCGGUUGGAGGAAAUGCUGUCGGAUACCCUGAAGUUUGGGACAGCAAGAUUUAUGGUAACGUCGGCACCGAAUGGACCUCAACGCGAUUCAAAUGGGAAGAUAAGCAUCGACAUUUGCGAGAGGAAUACGAAAAGUCCGAUGCUGAAUCUCCUACAGAUUUAGAUUAUACUCCAGGAAACUAUAAGAAUGAUAAUUCGGCCGCAUGCGAGGGCAUUGAGUCCAAUGAGAAAGCAUCACUAUAUCGUAUGGUUCCAAGCACGCAGGUGCCAGGGAAGAUAGUAUUUGUGGAUAACAACUUUACGAAGCAAAAUCUGGCAGAAGGUCCCGUUUCAGAAGCGCUAGCCCUCAGUCCGAUAGCUAAUAGCAAACAUGCUGCUGCCUCCAUGCAAAACUACAGUCUCCGAAGAGGGCUCAGUGCUAGUGCGGCAGUAUUGACGAAUUUGGAGUCAGUGUACAUCACUGGCCCAGGCGGACCUGAAGAUCCAAUGGGUGCAGCCGAAUAUCCGGAAUUGGUCACUCGUUCUGCAUUCAACUGUCCUCACACCUUAUCGCAAGAUGGUCUUCAGGGUACGGAAGUCCCACCUGCAGUAUUUAGAACACUCAUCGGACCAAAAGGCACCACUCAGACUGUUACCCUCGGCCAGCAUGGUGAUUACGACUCUUCGACCUUUCAGCGGCGCUGUACCAGCCUAAAACCGGCAUCCGGAAUCGUGGCUACCGCCAACCCAUAUCACUACAUCCAUCCUCCUUAUGUUUACACGCCCAUAGUCGGCAGUACCGCUUCUCAAGUAAUUCACUGCAGAGGGAUUUCAGAACCAAACAACAUCGAUACCUCGCCUUACUUUCCACACAGUGUCCAACACAGACAACCAUACGUCUUCACCAACGAAAGACACACCUAUCAUGAUCUGGACAUCCUUGCGGCCACACUGCAGCGCCAGCACGGCCCAUUGGAAAAAUUUGUGGAGAUCGUUCCACCCGGAGUUUCAAGCCCUUCUUACGGUAGAUUGAGACAACCAAUCAGCAACUACGCUAGAACCUCCCCGAAUAAGCGUUACGCUGCCCUAAAUGCUCGAAUGGCUCCCGAUGGUGAGGUGACCUCACUCAUGGAGCCAAUGCCAGCCAUGAAACGAGUGAGGAUACCUAUUGCACCGAUAGCACAGGUAGAUUCAACAGUUGAAGGAGAGGGCGGCAGAACCUCUGAUGAGGGUGCAAGCGAGGCAUUCGACCAACAAAGCAGUCCAAACUCCCUCAGUGAGGCUUUUGCUGAGGCAGGCUUUGAAAGGGACACGGUAGGGGAUGAAGAAGAGGAACCGGAAUCAAUUACUGAUCCAAAUGCCAAGUUGAUUGUAUCAGAAGGCGAGCAAACACUGACAUUGAAGAUGAGAGCAGAAGGGAAACAGCUACAAACGCCUCCACAUCACCAGCCGGAAUCUGAAAGCCAGGCGACGGAAGAAAUAUUGGUCAGUUCUGAACCUGGAUUUCCACCAUCUACUACAGAAAGCGUUCAGCAACCAUCACCAUCGCAAUUGCCGCUAACUUACACAGUACAUGAAGCAAGUUUUGUUUAA